UUAAUAAUACCAUCAAGCUAGCUACAUCGAAUUUAAUCAAAAACACACCUAAAACCGACCUCUUCAUUUUUAAUCUCUCAAUCAAUCAUGUCUUGCUGCAAUGGAAAGUGCGGGUGUGGCUCAAGCUGCUCAUGCGGCAGCAGCUGCAACGGAUGCGGAAUGUACCCCGAUGUUGAGAAAUCAUCCACCACCACUGUCAUAGUUGACGGAGUUGCCCCCAAACAAAUGUAUGCUGAUGGAAGUGAGAGCAGCUUUGUUGCUGAAGGUGGUUGUGGUUGCAAGUGUGGAGACAACUGCAAAUGCAAUCCUUGCAACUGUUAAAUAAUGAUGAAAUCAGAAGCCCAAUUAAACUAACUAGCAAUUGUCCCUUGCUAUAUUAUGUCUUGUGUUUUAUGUUUUGUGUUAAAUAAAUGGAACCACAUGUCUUUGGUACCUUAUCACUAGUUUCAAUUUCUAAUGUUAAUUGGAGUUGAAAUUAGGGGUUCUAUCUAUUGGCUUUUAGGUUGCUUAAUGUGUUGGUAAUUUUCAACUAUGAAAUAUCUGAUGAAUGGCUCAAUGCUUUUGUAUGGGUA